AUGAGGACACGCUACUUCUCCUUCGCCGGCGACGACUCGACCACCCAGCGCUUCUUCUCCGUCUCCAAACUCCCGCUGUCAUGGCCCUCCCUCCCCGUCCUGGUCCCCCACCGCAUACGGCGGCGCUUCCGCUCGACACGAUCCAAGAUACGCUCCAUGCAGACGCCCACCUCCUCGAUAGCCUCGCUCAACACCUCCCUCAACCCCGCCGACACCCUCCGCGCCCUCCGAACACACCACUGGAGCUAUUAUGACGCCCAGUACAUCUUCUUAGCGAUCGUGGCAACAUUCGCGCUCUGCGUGAUACAGAGCCCCGGGCCGUUCACCAAGACAUUAAUAGUGGCGGGGAUGUUGACCCUACAGAUAAUACCGCUCACACGACAAUUCUUCCUCCCAUUCCUCCCGAUCGCGGUAUACCUACUGCUGUUCUACUCCUGCCAAUUCCUGUCAGGGGAGUUUCGACCACCGAUUUGGGUGCGAGUGCUGCCCACCCUCGAGAACAUUCUCUACGGCGCCAACCUCAGCAACAUCCUCUCCGCGCAUCAGAGCACAUUUCUCAGCGUCCUGGCAUGGAUACCUUACGGACUGUGCCACUUUGGCGCUCCCUUCGUCUGCGCCGGGCUGAUGUUCCUCUUCGGACCUCCCGGAACAACGCCAGUGUUUGCAAGAGCUUUUGGCUACAUGAAUAUCGUCGGCGUGAUGACACAGAUCUUGGUCCCAUGCUCUCCGCCAUGGUAUGAGAACAUGUAUGGCUUGGCACAAGCAGAUUACUCGAUGAAGGGGUCUCCAGCGGGUCUGGCAGCCAUCGAUAAGCUGCUCGGCAUCGACCUAUACACCUCCACCUUCACCGCAUCACCAGUCGUCUUCGGCGCCUUCCCGUCCCUCCACUCCGGCAGCGGCACCAUGGAGGUGCUCUUCAUGGCCCACACCUUCCCCGCCCUCCAACCACUCUUCGUUUUCUAUCUCCUCUGGCUGUGGUGGUCGACAAUGUACCUCUCGCAUCACUACGCGAUCGAUCUCGUUGCCGGCAGCCUCAUCUCGAGCAUCGUCUACUUCAUGUACCGAGGCCAAUCCUUGCCUCGGUUGCAGCCCGGCAAGCUCUUCCGUUGGGACUACGACUACGUGGAGUACGGCGAUGUCCCAGAUCACUACGCAUACGGCCUUGCGGACCUGGACGACUACCAUCCCAAGGGCCUGCACGGCGACUCCGACGAAUGGACGAUCGGCUCCAGCAGCAGCUUCUCGAGUAGCAGCAGAGACCCUUCCGCGGGCAUGCGAUCUCCCGUCACCGAUGAGUCUUCAUGGGAGGGUGACACCAUAGCCUCUUCGUCCGAUACCGAGUACCAAAAAGCAUAG